ACGUACCCAACCAAACAAGCACCUCCUUGCCUUGCGCCAUCCCUGACAGCACAGAGCACUGACACCACUCGGCUAUGUCGCCGGAGCGGAGCGGAGCGAGCAAAGAGCCAAUGGCCACCGUGGUGAGGGCAUGCAUGCCGCUGCCACCUGCCGCCGUCGCCUCCUCAUCCGCCGCUCCCUCCACGGACGCGCAGGCGCAGAGGAGGUCCUCCUCCUCCAGCGCGCGCGUGCUCGUGCUCGGCGGCACCGGCCGCGUCGGCGGGUCCACCGCCACCGCGCUCUCCAAGCUCCGCCCCGACCUCAACAUCCUCAUCGCCGGCAGGAACCUGGAGAAAGGUGAAUCUUUGGCAUCUAAACUCGGGGAUGAAUCAGAGUUUGUCCAAGUAGAUAUUCGCGACAGGAACAUGCUGGAGGAAGUGCUACAGGAUGUGGAUUUAGUUGUUCAUGCUGCUGGACCUUUCCAAAGGGAGAAUGAGUGCACUGUCCUACAGGCAGCAAUAGCGACCAAGACGGCAUAUAUUGAUGUUUGUGAUGAUACAGACUAUUCGUGGAGAGCAAAGGGUUUCCAUGAACAAGCAAAAGAUUGCGGUAUCCCAGCUAUUACAACUGCCGGCAUCUAUCCUGGAGUGAGCAAUGUGAUGGCUGCUGAGCUUGUUCAUGCUGCUAGAAGUGAAAAUGCUGGUGAACCUGAAAGAUUAAGAUUCUUUUAUUAUACUGCAGGCACUGGUGGUGCUGGGCCAACAAUAUUAACAACUAGUUUUCUGCUUCUUGCGGAGGAUGUAAUCGCAUAUAACAAAGGAGAAGAAAUAAAAUUGAAGCCCUACAGUGGAGCUCUCAGCAUUGAUUUUGGCAAAGGGGUUAGGAAGAAAGAUGUUUACUUACUGAAUUUGCCUGAGGUGAAGAGUGCUUAUAAGGUUUUAGGUGUGCCUACUGUCAGUGCUCGCUUCGGUACUGCUCCUUUUUUCUGGAAUUGGGAAUUCUUGAGGGAUAAAAAUAAGGUUCUAAAAUUGGUUGGAUUUGUUGAUCCUUUUGUCCGAGCUAUCGAUGGUAUUGCUGGAGAGCGUGUUUCCAUGAGAGUAGACUUAGAUUGUUCAAAUGGAAAGAAUACUAUUGGAUUAUUUUCUCAUAGAAAACUAUCUGUAUCGGUGGGCUAUGCAACAGCAGCGUUUGUUUUAGCAGUUCUUGAGGGCAGCACACAGCCUGGCGUCUGGUUUCCAGAGGAGCCAGAGGGAGUAGCAAUUGAAUCAAGGAAGGUGCUUCUUGAGCGGGCGUCUCAAGGAACAACGAUCUUCGUGAUGAACAAGCCUUCCUGGAUGAUAGAGACUGAUCCAAAGGAAGUUGGCCUGGGAAUAUAUGUGUAGGGAAAUAAUAUGUUUCACUCACUAUAUAGAAGUUUACAGUUCCUAAUUAUAAUUUUGACGGUGAAAUCUUAGCACUUACUACAAAGUUCUUGGGUAUGAGCAAGAGCAAGAGCGACAAAUAGGACAGGGCAAUGAGCAAGUAAAAUCUUAUCCAUUUUCAACCAGGCACCUCUGUCUCUUUGUUAAUCGCACUGUUCUGAAUGUGGCUGUAAAUAAUAGAACGAAUUUGUAAUGCUCUAAGAGUAUGGAGUGGAUCAUUAUCUAAAAAAAAGAGUAUGGAGUGGAUGAAUGAAAUGAUUGGAGCGCAAUACAACCAAACGAGGGUUACAGUUUUGAUGAA